CCCGACCCCCUUCUCUCCUUUCUUUUCGGUACUUUCUGAUACCCUCUCAAUGAGGUCCUUUUGCCUACCUUCUCAAUUCAAUUGGCCUAACACUGAUUGAAUCGCCCGAACAAAUCCAGGCCGUAUAGGUGCUGCUGCAAAUAAAUAGGUAGGCUACUACAUCUGCAAGAUCAUCCCUGACCUCAGUUCAAGAUAGUGUUAAGAUGACAGCAAAGCACCGCAGAGGAAAAAGCAGCAACAAACAGGAGGAAAAUUCUUACAAACAUGAAGCCUCGGAACCCGAGGCGCUACCUGGAGCCCAUUACGCUUUGUUGUUUGUUUUAUUUCUCAUUAUCGUUAUUGGAGGAACCACCGUCGGCUGGUUCUGUUUCCAGCAGCACCAAACAUUAACCUAUUUAACAGACAACCUCAUGGGCAUGCAGAUGAAAAUGGUGAAGUUGCAGUCUUUCCAGGAGGAAUUGAGAAAGUCAAACGAGAAGCAUGGAAUGGAAGGAUUUGAGCAGCGCUUGCUCUCGUUGGAGGAGUCGUACACUUUGGCCCAGAAGCAAGUGGGCAUCGCCCUGGCUACCGCCGAGCAGCUGAAGACCUCAGACAUGCCCGCCCAGGUGCUGGCUCUGCACACCGAGAUGAAGGCUCGGCUGGUGGAGAUGCAGCAGGGGACCGUGUCGUCGGACCAGUUGGCCCAGCUGGAGGCUGCUCUCAGCGGACAGAACCAGGAGUUUGAGGCCGUCAAGCUGCAAGUGCAAGCGCUAGCCGGGGUUAGCGCAGAGCUGGCCCAGAACGUGGAGGACCUCUCGGGGAGCCUGUCGGCAAGCGAGGCCAAGCUGGAGGACAGGGUUGCUUCCAUUGGUGUCCUUGGCGCCCAACUGGAGGACCAAGCUGAUAAGCUGCAAGGCCUGAAUGACCUGCUAGCUGCACACCAAGCUCAGCUGGAGAUCAGCACCCAGGAUGUCGCUGGGGUGAAAGCAUUACUGGAAGCAGAGGGGGUUCAGCAGUCCAAGCAGGCUGAUGUGGAGGAACAGCUGAGCUCGAUGCGUCAGAGCCUUCAGGAGCAGAGCAAGGCCGCCCAGAGCCUUCACUCUGAGCUCAGCGCCCAGCUGGAGGCUAUUCAGAGUCAGGUAGCCCAGCUGGAGGGUGCAGGCUCGCCAGAGGUAGCUCCUGUGGAAGAGGCAGACAAGGCAGAUGAAGUCCCAGUUACAGCCACAGAAUCUGAAGAAGUAGCAGCAGCAGCAGAAGUAGAAGAGACCGUAGAGGCAGAAGUAGAAGAGACCGUAGAGGCAGCAGCAGAAGAGGCACCGUCUACAGCUGAGGCCGCUGAAGACAAUGCACCACUUGACGCAGAGGAGGCCGAGGAGGCACCACAGGAAGUGGAGGAGCAGGACGAACAGGAAGCAGUGGAAGAGGCCCCCGCACAAGAGGAGUCUGUUGCAGAGGAGGAGGAGCUUGCUCCUGCAGUUACUGAGGAGGUGGAGGAGGCUCAGAAGAUGAGUGAGGAGGUAGAGGAGGAACCAAGCGCAGAAGCAGAGGAGGAAGAACCGGCAGAAGACGCCUCUGCUAAGGAAUAAUAGUUACUGUAUCUGGACAUGGUUUAACCACGAGGAGAGUCUACCACCGAUCCCAGUGAUGUGGAGAGAAUGGGCAGUUCCACAUGUCUUAUGACACGCAGGACAAUAAAACACGAAGUUCAGAAGGUGUAAACUUUGUUUUCCUCACAAACAGCAACCAGGUCACAUAGAGGGUUUAUUUUGCAAAGAGACGACAACACAUGGCUUGUUUUUUGUAGGGUUUAUUGGCCAGAGGGUUAUACCAUAUGCAGGACACUCUGGUGCCAAUGUCAACCUUGUAAGCCUUAACCUUUUAUACCAACACCGUGAUCUUUCUAGAGUUUUUAAAUCACAGUUCACUUUUACUGCACUAGACCUUGAGGACUGAGUACUGUAUCUUCUGCAACCAAACAGAAUAGUUGUCCCAACCAGGGGAGACCAAGUUUUCACACUAUCCCGUCAAAUGUGAUCGUUGUUUAUGUGAGAAUGACCUUGCCUUCUUUAUCUUCUUGCGGGGGCACUCUUGUGAAAGGGGUGCACCCCAGACUCUAGGAAGUUACAUUACGGUGUCAUCCAGCUUGUUUACACAGUGGAGGAACUAAGAGCAGUGGUUGAAGAGCUAAAUGUUGAAAAGGGAAUUUGGGGGGCUGAUGCACUUACUUUGAAUGGGUUUCUAAUGUCUGACUUCAGUAACUUGUACAAUGUUCUGUUAUCUCACUUCAGGUUCACUGUCAAAUGGUGCUCUUGCACACUUCAUCUCGGGUCUGAAAAAAUUGUACACUCUUUGAAAUAAAUGCUGGAUUCACCCCUUUUUUAAUACUUCA